AGUACAACCAAACAAACUCGAGAUCUGAAACCUCACAACUUGAUAAACGAACGAAUCAUUUUCAACCGCUCAUCACAUUAUCCCCGUUUUUUUUGUUCAAACUCUUAAAAAUUUGGUUUCUUUCUUCCCUUUCGAGAGAACGGCUACCGCCAAGAGAAACCCGCCAAGAGUCUCAUCAUCCAUUGCAAAAGAAACCCGGACUUCGAACCUCAUCAAGCCGCAAUACUCCAAGAACAUCAAGCACCCCAUCGGUCCUAGCAAACUAAAUUUCAUCCACAAUGUCAGACCCGAACAAUGUCUUCACCCAGCUUUCCGGCUCCACCCCCGCCGACGCCUCCAUCUCCAAAGAGCACGGUCUCGCUUACUGGGAAUCCGUCAGCGCCGACGAGAACGGCAUGCUAGGCGGGAUCCCGACCUUCGCCGGCUUCGCCAACACGUCCAAGAUCGACCUGCAGGGCUCUCGCAAUUUCCUAGCCAAGUUCGGCAUUGGUUCUAAGCCAGGCUUGCGCAGGUGCAAGCGCAUCCUAGAGGGCGGGGCAGGCGUGGGAAGGAUCACGGAGGGCUUGUUGACUGAUUUGUUGGUGGUGGAUGAGAACGAGGGAGGGAAAGGACCUGGGAAGGUGGAUGUGGUUGAGCCAAUUGCCAAGUUUACGGCCAAGUUGCAGGGAAAAAAGGGGGUGGGGAAGGUGUACGUGAUGGGGUUGGAGGAGUGGGUGCCUGAGGUCGGGGAGGGGGAGAAUAAGUAUGAUUUGGUGUGGACGCAGUGGUGCGUGGGACAUUUGACGGAUGAGCAGCUGGUGGCGUAUUUGCAAAGGUGCAAGAGCGCACUGGCUGAGGAUGGGUUGAUUGUGAUCAAGGAGAACACGACGGUGUUGGGGAAUGAUGAGUUUGACAAGGAGGAUAGUAGUGUUACGAGAGGCGAGGCGACAUUCCAGAAAGUCUUCCAAAAGGCUGGUUUGAAGGUUGUCAAGGCCGAGUUCCAGAAGGGCUUCCCCCAGACGAGGACCAUGAAGCUCCUGCCGGUACGGAUGUACGCUCUGAAGCCUUGAGGAUCUGGAGAGUAAGAACAAGUACCACGAUCAAAGUCACUAUACAGCAUAUGUGGAAACGAGCGACCGACACGGAUACACUAGGUUUACCAUUAUUGAGGGGUUAUGGACACCUUCGGUCUACGUGGAAUGGUAGGCACCCAAAAGAGAGAAAAGGCCGUCACCUCCAGGUUCCUGACUUCCUGGCAUGUCCAAUCCGGCAUCCAACGUACAAGAAGGCCAUUACUAUCACCAAACACCACCUUACUGGACCGCCUCAAGGUUGUCUUGGAUUACAGAUUAGGUUGAGCGGAGCACCAGAGCAACUUGAAAUACACUUAAAUCACUUCGACAGCUGAAGACACCACUUCUUUUUCCCUUCCUUCCUAGCUGAGCCACUUGAACCUCGUCCUUCUUCUCAUCCUACACCCUAACUUGC